AUGGAUUCUUCAGGCGAAAUGAGUGCUACAUCGAUGGUCUCAAUCGGCACCCACCGCCUCGCCAUGUCUGUAACCGGCCCUGACCGUUGCUCCGUAACAGAUCCGAUUGUCAUUGUCCUCACUGGCGCUGGAGACGUAGCUUCAUCAUACGUUGCGCUCGCACGCCUUGUCAGCCGCUUUUCACGGAUAUUGCUCUACGACCGCUCCGGACUAGGCGCCAGUGACGCCGGCAAGCCUGGUCAUCCACGCCCCAGCGCCGUUGCGGCAGUAGCUGAAUUGCAUAUGCUCCUGACGAAUGCUGGAAUACUUCCUCCUCUGCUGUUGGUUGGCCAUUCAUUCGGUGCUAUCAUCGCGCGCGAGUACCUUCACUUGUACCCAGGCGCCGUGGCUGGGAUGGUCCUCUGCGACCCCGCAUCAGAAAGACAAAGUGACUAUUUCAAGAUUCCAGAUCCAAACAUCGACGCCGUGAUGGGUAAUCUGAACUACGCACAGGUUACCGGGCUCAGAACAGACACGGUGCUUACCCGCGAAGAGUGGCGGACGAGGGCUGCUGAUAUCCUUCGUGGUAUGUCAAACUGGGAGGCUGAGGCAGCAUGUUUCAAGGAAACCUGCGAGAUGCUGGCAGCAAAGAAGCAGUGUACAGAUCAGGCACUGGGGAGCAAGCCUCUGAGUGUGAUUCGCGCCAAUAGUGCACGAGAUUACGAGCGCAUCUACAAGAAAGGCGUAGAGGUUGGGAAUGGCACAGAAGAGCAGCGAAGAGCUUUUCGACACUUGUUAGAUAAGUGGGAUGAUAUUGACCAUAUGAUGAAGGUAGAGCAACUGCAGCUCUCGUCAAAUUCCCGCCUCGUGCAUUUGCUAGACUGUGGGCAUCAUGUUCAUCUCGUUCAGCCUGACGUGCUCGCUGAGGAGAUCAAGUGGCCACGCGAUUUCACCCACGAUGAAGAUCAUGGUGGGGAGAAAGGUGAAGGGCCUGAAUGUUGUGCGAAGAGCUGCGAUGCCCACACGCCCGCGAUUCAAGUCACUGUUGGUCCUUGGAUGGAAGAAUUGACCGAAUCCGAAUAG